AUGCCAGCGGUCCAACAACUUCUACGGGUAGCUACUGUACUGGCUUUCAUGGUCGCUUGGAGGCUUACUUUUGAGCCAGAAAAAGAAGAUCCCAUCGUAGAGGUGUUGGAGGAAAUAGUGCACACAUACGAAGAAACCAAAUCACUGUAUGAUCUGCUGGCUCAUUUUCCGGUCGAUAACAAUAUUGUCUGUCCAGAACGAGAUGUACACUUGCCCUAUCCUGGAGACUGUACGCGAUACAUCACGUGCAGAAAUUACAAAGCUCACAUAAGAGGUUGUCCUCGCUUCAUGAAAUUCGACAAUGUUGCUCUCAGGUGUCGAUUUGCAACUGAUGCAAAAUGCAGUGACACGGAAAACAUCGAGAAAAAAUGUGGAUCGAAUGAAGUUUACCUGGAAUGCAAGCAAGGAUGUGAGCAAACAUGUGAAGAGAAUUCAAACGAUUAUAUAGACUGUCCCGAGGAUUGUGUCAAGGGAUGCUUCUGCAAGGAAGGCUUUGUGCGAGGUCCGCUACGAAACUGUAUUCCCCCAAGAAAGUGCAACACCACUGAUUCUCUUGAGCCAUGGUUUCUCAUUAAUUCAAGAAGAAAACACUCAGAAGCAAGUCCGUCUGAAAGGAAUGACGUGCAAUUCAUCAUUCAUUCCUAGAAAUUAGAAAACAAUAAUGUCCUCUACUUAAUAUCAUCAAAUGAUGCUGUAAUUAAAAGUGAUUACUUGA